GGAUGUUCUCAUAAACCUCGGACGCCUUCAAUAAUUAUAACCUCCUCCUUUCUUCAAAACGCUGGCGUUUACUCCUUACACACAAUCUUGUAUCAUAUCAUCAACACCUCCCGGGCCGUCCCACCCAUGGCGACCAUCUCCUCUGUCCUCUCAACCGUCAUCGAAAAGGCAAAGCUCGGUGUCGGCGAGCUCUCCCUCCCAUCCACAUCCCACGACCACCUCCCCUCCGCCAUCGCUCUCGGCCAAGGUGCCGACCCCUCGCCCUCAGAUCCCGACAAAGGAGACGCCGUAGCCAAAUGUGAGCUCAAGAUCGAGGGCAUGACCUGCGGCGCCUGUGUCGAGUCCAUCGAAGGCAUGCUCCGUAAUCAAGAGGGCAUACACUCCAUCAAGGUCGCCCUCCUCGCAGAGCGCGGCGUCGUCGAAUACGACCCCGAGAAAUGGACACCCGAGAAGCUCGUCAGCGAAAUCGAAGACAUCGGCUUCGACGCCUCCCUCGUCCCCGUCUCCCGCUCAGACACCCUCACCCUCAAGAUCUACGGCAUGACCUGCGGCGCAUGCACCUCCGCCGUCGAGUCCGGCCUCUCCGAACUCCCAGGAAUCACCUCCGUCGCCGUCUCCCUCGCGACGGAAACCGCCAAGGUCACCUUCACCCCCGGCAUGCUCGGCCCGCGCGAGAUCGUCGAGCGUGUCGAAGAUCUCGGCUUCGACGCCCUUCUCGCAGACACACAGGACAGCACCCAGCGCGAGUCGCUCACUCGCGCAAAGGAGGUCGCCGAGUGGGGUAGGCGCCUAAAGUGGGCCGCCGCUUUUGCUGCCCCCGUGUUCUUCCUCUCCAUGAUCGCAAAGCACAUUCCGGGCGUGCGGAGCGUCACGGGUCUACGCCUAUGCAACGGGCUCUACCUCGGCGACAUCGUCGUGUGGGUGCUCACAACCCCUGCGCAGUUCUGGGUCGGCCGCCGCUUCUACCAGAACGCGUUCAAGGCGCUGCGCCACGGCGGCGCGACGAUGGACGUGCUCGUCAUGCUCGGCACGUCCGCAGCAUACAUCUACUCCGUCUGCGCCCUCCUCUCCGCUUCCGUCAACAACGCCCCGGGCUUCCGCCCGAUGGUCUUCUUCGACACCUCCACGAUGCUCAUCUUCUUCGUCUCGCUCGGCCGCUACCUCGAGAACCGCGCAAAGGGGCGCACGUCCGCCGCGCUCACCGACCUCAUGGCGCUCGCCCCCGCGAUGGCGACGAUCUACACCGACGCGCCCGCGUGCACCGCCGCGGGCGAGAAGCGCAUCCCGACGGAGCUCGUCCAGGUCGGCGACACCGUCAAGCUCGUGCCGGGCGAGCGCGUGCCCGCGGACGGAACCGUCGUGCGCGGCGCCUCGACCCUCGACGAGUCCGCGGUGACGGGCGAGGCGCGGCCCGUGCUCAAGCAGCUCGGGGACACGCUCAUCGGGGGCACGGUGAACGGGCUCGGUGCGCUCGACAUGCGCGUGACGCGCGCCGGGCGCGAUACGGCGCUCGCGCAGAUUGUGAAGCUCGUCGAGGACGCGCAGACGAGCAAGGCGCCCGUGCAGGCGUUCGCGGACCGCGUCGCGGGCGUGUUUGUGCCGGCCGUGCUGGGGCUUGCGCUCGUGACGUUCGUGGGGUGGCUUGUGCUCGCGCAUGUGCUGAGGGCGGACGCCCUCCCGCCGAUGUUCCACCGCGAGGGCGCGAGCACGCUCGCGGUGUGUCUGCAGAUGUGUAUAUCCGUCGUCGUCGUCGCGUGCCCGUGCGCGCUCGGGCUGAGCACGCCGACGGCGAUUAUGGUCGGCACGGGUGUGGGCGCUGCGAACGGGAUCUUGAUCAAGGGCGGGCGGGCGCUCGAGGCGGCGCGGAGCGUGCGCACGGUGGUGCUUGAUAAGACGGGGACGAUUACGCAUGGCAAGAUGAGCGUGGCCGGGAUGGCGUGGGCGUCUGCGCCCGGGGAGCAGGAGCUGAGGCCAGAGGGGCACGUCGGUGCGCAGUCGCUGGCGUGGACGUGUGCGGACGGGCAGACGACGCGCGGUGCGGUGCUCGCGAUGGUGUGUGCGACGGAGGGGCGCAGCGAGCAUCCGCUCGCGCAGGCACUUGCUGCGCACGGGAAGGAGAUUCUCGCAGCGGGGGCGCGCGGGGUGCUCAGGCCGGAGGACGUUGUGCUCGAUGCGUUUGAGAGCGUCACGGGCGCGGGUGUCAAGGCUGCGCUUACGGUCGCCAAAGGCCAGGAGAAGGCGCGGUACGCGCUGCUGGUGGGCAACGUCAAGUUCGUCACGCGGGACGCGGAUCUGCCCGGUGCGCUCGGCGCGUUUGAGGAGGCGGAGAGCGCGGCGGGGCGCACGGUCAUCUUCGUCGCGCUCGGGCGCCUGUCCUCGUCCGGCGGCAAUGCUGUGGACACCGCGCGGUGCGCGCCGGUGCUCGCGGUGUCGCUCGCGGACGCGCCAAAGGCGACGAGCGCGCAGGCUGUGAGGGCGUUGCGGGCGAUGGGCGUCGAGGUGGCGAUGAUGACGGGGGACGGGCUCGCGACUGCGCGGGCGAUCGCGAAGGAGGUGGGGAUCGACGCGGGGUGUGUGCAUGCGGGUGUGAGUCCGAAGGGGAAGGCGCAGCUUGUGGGCGAGAUUGUGGAGAGGGGGAGGAAGGCUGGGCGGGGUGUUGCGAUGGUCGGAGACGGGAUCAACGACUCGCCCGCGCUCGUCGCCGCGACACUGGGGAUCGCGUUCUCCUCUGGCACCUCCGUCGCCGUCGAAGCAGCGGACAUCGUGCUCAUGCGCGGGGACCUGCUCGACGUCGUCGCGGCGCUGCACCUCUCGCGCGCGAUCUUCGGCACGAUCCGCCGGAAUCUGCUGUGGGCGUGCGUGUACAACGUGCUGGGCAUUCCGCUCGCGAUGGGCGUGUUUCUGCCGCUGGGGAUAUACAUGCACCCGAUGCUCGCGGGCGCGGCGAUGGCGUGCUCGAGCGUGAGCGUUGUGACGAGCUCGUUGAUGCUGAAGGGGUGGACGCGGCCGCGGGAGAGUGUUGCGCCUGGGGAGGAGGCGAGGCGGGGCGAGGGGCUGUUGGACGGGGUGUGGGUGUGGUUUGGGGACGGGUGGGAGGGUGUUAGGGCGUUUGUGAGAGGAAGGCGGGGCGGGAGUAGGGAGGGGUAUGAGCAGCUGCCUGUUGAGCUUGCUGAGACGAGCGUGUAGAGAUCAGGUUAUUUCUUGAUUGUACUUGUAAUCUUCAAGUUUUGUCUCCUUGGGUUUUGUGUUAGAGCUGCUUUCUGUGUUAUUCAUACCUUACUUAGACUCGCCGAAUAUUACUGUGCCAUUUG